AUGUACGAGGAGAUCAUCUAUGGGUCAGAGGACGCGGUACCUUUAGCCUCCAACAACCAUGAGGCAAUUGUGAUAGAAGUCAUCACGUGCAACUACAAAGUAAAGAAGGUAUACAUCGACAAUGGGAGCGCCAUCGAUGUGCUGUACUACAAAACUUUCAAAGAGUUGCAGUUGGAGGAUAAGCAGCUCAUUCCGGUUCGAACUCCUCUGAUAGGAUUUGCAGGUCCGCCCGUAAGACCAGAGGGAAUGAUAACUCUCAGGGUCACUGUGGGGGAAUCGCCGAAGUGCCGAACUAUCCCGGUGAAUUUUGCAGUGGUAAAGGAGCCGUCCUCCUACAACAUGAUACUAGGACGUCCAACAUUAAACGCACUUCGAGCGGUCUGCUCGACCUUGCACCUCAGCAUGAAGUUUCCAACGCCUGAGGGGGUGGCCGAGGUGCUAGGAGACCCGGAGGUAGCACGAGCCUGCUAUAUCGCAACCCUCAAGGGUAAGGAGAAGCUGGUGGCGCAGACAGUCCUUCUGGAGCCCUGGGAGCCUACUGAGAAGGAGGAGAGGUUGGAGACGGACGAGAAUCUGGUUGAAUUGCCUAUCUGCCCCGAGCGGCCUGAUCGUGUGGUUAGGGCGGAAUCUGGACUAAACGGGCUGACGAGGAGAGCCCUGGAGUCUCUCCUGGAGGAGUACGCCGAGAUCUUUGCUUGGAGUGCUGAUGACAUGCCGGGAGUUCCUCAUGAACUGGCAGUUCACAAGUUGCAUGUGGAUCCGAGCAUCCGGCCAGUGAAGCAGAAGAAGAGAAACUUUGCACCUGAACGCAACGAGGUUGUCAAAGAAGAGGUAGGCAAGCUGUUGGAGGCCAGAAUUAUGAAAGAGAUCUACUAUCCGACCUGGCUGGCCAACCCGGUGCUGGUCAAAAAGGAGGACAAGGCUUGGCGAAUGUGCGUGGACUUCACCGACCUGAAUAAAGCUUGUCCGAAGGAUUGUUAUCCCCUCCCUCGGAUCGACCAGCUGGUAGACUCGACUGCUGGAUGCGAGAUCUUCUGUUUCCUGGAUGCCUUCAAAGGAUAUCAUCAGAUAGCCCUGGAUGAGGAGGAUCAGGAGAAGACUGCCUUCAUCACCGAGUACGGCACGUACUGUUAUACUACCAUGCCCUUUGGGUUAAAGAAUGCUGGCGCGACCUAUCAGCGGCUGGUCAACAAGAUGUUCAGAAGCCAGAUCGGCUGA